GCUGUGUGUGUGUGUUUGUGUGUACCUGAUAUGUAAUAUAAAAUCCGGCGAAUACGGGAUUUAGCAAAUUAUUGUUGUCAUUAGUUACAACGUCAAGUGUUCAAGAUGUCUAAAGGAACGACAAUCAAAGACGCUAUUGCGAAAUUUGAAGAAAAGGAAGGUGUCAAGGCCAGUGAAGCCGAGCAUGUCAGCCUCAUUUCCCAGCUGCCGCCUGUCGAAAAGAUGGAUGCAUCUUUGUCCACACUGGUCAAGUGCACGAGGCUUUCAUUGUCUACCAAUUGCAUUGAAAAGAUUGCCAACUUAAAUGGACUGAAGAAUUUAAAAAUCCUUUCCCUUGGAAGAAACAACAUCAAAUCCCUCACAGGGCUGGAGGCAGUUGGAGACACUCUAGAGGAGUUAUGGAUAUCAUACAAUAAAAUUGAAAAGCUAAAGGGUAUAAAUGUGCUCAAGAAAUUAAAGGUGUUAUUCAUGUCAAACAAUGAAGUCAAAGACCUUGGAGAAUUCUCAAAAUUGGGAGACCUACCAUGCCUAGAGGAGCUUGUGUUCACGGGGAACCCCCUGGAGGAAAGUCUCAACAACACAGAGAAGGGCUACAAGGCCACGGUCCAGGAGAAACUUGUGAAACUCAAGAAACUUGAUGGUGUGCCGGUCAUUCGCAGUGAUGGUGAUGAUGAAUAGAUGACAGACCACAUUUCACUCACCAUUACCCAUUGGGAUGUUGAUCCAACCAUUCCCUAUAGACUUGUGUUACCUGCCAUUUUAUUGUAAAGGCUGAAUCAUGAUUGAUUCAGAAUGCAUUCAUAUUUCAUGCAUUAAUGAUUAUUUUCAUCAGUAAGGCCUUAUCAUACCUGUUUACAGUUUAGUUUUUUCUUUGUGAACAUAACAAUGAUUUAUUUUGAUGUUGCCCAAGGGUUUCUGUCUUUAUUUGAAUAUUCUGAAAAAUAAACUAUACAGUAAAUGUCACACUAUUUUUAUUUGUUUAUGGAAACAAUUGGGUAUUUUGCUUUUUGUUAACUUGACUAUUUAAGUUUAUUUCUGUUGUUAUAUAAUAUUUAUUGUCCUCAAGUCUUCUAUUGAUUAUGUCAGUUUUUUGACAUAAAUGUUUCUGUAUCGCCAGUUUGAUUUUAAUGUUUCCUUGUACCUCUAUGCCUCUUUUGGUCAAACAAUAAGCUAGUGUUCAUAACUGUUCUGUGUGCUUUACAAUUCCAUGUAAAUACAUUUUGUUCUUACAAGCAAACUUUCUUCAUUAAAGUGCAACAAAUAAAUGUCUGUAUACAUGUAGUUGAUGUCUGUAGCAAGAACUAACACAAUUAUUUUGCGAAAAAAUAUAUUUUCAUGUACAUUAACCACUAAUUUAAAGACAGAGUGUAUGUUACUCAUUUAUAAUUCUUUUUUGUAAUGUUAAAGAUAUAUACAUUGUAGUACAAAAUAAAUUAUUUUUUCCAA